AUCCUUAGUAUGUUUUGCUCUUUUUAUUUUUCUCUUCACAAAAUCCUUAGGUUAUUUUGUUUGAAUACUCUUUCUUUAUGGCUUCUUCUUCUUCUCGUCAAACCAAGCAUCAAGUUUUCUUGAGAUUCAGAGGUGAAGACACGCGCCUUAACUUCACCAGUCAUCUACUCAAAGCUUUGAAAGACAUGGGAGUGAAUGUCUUCUUCGAUGAAGAAAAACUGGAAAAAGGAGAGCUACUUUCAAAAGCACUUUCUCAAGCUAUUGCAGCCUCAAAUCUCUCAAUUAUCGUUUUAUCCGUAAACUAUGCUUCUUCAAAAUCAUGCCUGGCUGAAGUUUCUGACAUCAUAGACCGCAAGAACACUCAAGGGCAAAUUGUUCUUCCCAUCUUUUACCAUGUUGAUCCUUCCCAUGUGCGAAAUAUUGGUGGGAGCUUUCAGAUAUCCUUUGAAGAGCAUGAAUCAAAGAGGUUAGUUGAUGAAGUGAAGCGAUGGAAAGCUGCUUUUGCUGAAGUCGGUAAAUUAAAAGGUUGGCAUAUAGAUGGUGGAAGAUUUGAUAGACCCGAAGCCGAAUAUAUCAAGGAUAUCAUUGAAUAUGUCACAGAAAAGUUGACAAAUAGCAGAUUUAAAAGUGCUUCUGAGGAACUGGUUGGAUUGGAUUAUCAGAAAAACACGAUUUUGAGGCUGAUUGAGCGAACAGACUGUCGUGCAAUUGGACUUUGGGGAAUAGGUACCAAAACUCCCCUUGUUGGUGAUGUACAUAAUGAAGUCUCUCCGAAGUCCGGAGAUUGUAAUGAUUUUCAUCAAAAUGUUAGUGAGAAUACAGAAAAGCAAGAGAUGAGAUCUUUAAGAAAUGAUCUUUUUUCCAAACUAUUAAAUGAAGAAAUAUGCAUAGACACCCUUUUGAUUGGACCUAGUUUUAUCCAAGAGAAACUAAACAAUGAGGAAGGCUUCAAGAGGAAACAAGACCGAGUUUUUACUGGGGUAGUGACACUACAAUUCGGGAAAUGGAAUACCUCUUUACCCAUCAAACAAAAUCCACAUAUGCUAUUGUUGGUGCCUUGUCAAGCCAAAGGUGAUGACAUCGAGGGUAACCGAAAUGCUGAAAGCAUCAUGUUGGAUGAACAAACCUUACAAAGGGAGCUGCAGAUUACCGUCGAGGAAGAAAACUAUGCUGAAGCAGCAAAAAUCAAGGAUGAUCUUCGAGUCCUACAUGAGGAUAGUAAGGCUUUGGUACUGAUAGCAAAUUUUGGGUUUUAUGAUGCUUUUAGGAGAGGGGAUCUAGCCAUGAUGCAAAACCUUUGGGUGAAAGGAGAUGAUGUUUGUUGUGUACACCCAGGGGGAAAUGGGAUAUCUGGUUAUGAUUCCAUAAUGAAAAGCUGGAAAAUUGUGUGGAUGAACUUCGACUUUCCACUAGAGAUAAAGCUGAAAAAUGUUCGAGUUCAUGUUAGAGGAGAUUUUGGGUAUGUUACGUGCGUGGAAUCUGUCAAGACAACAAAAGGUAGCAAUUGGUUUUCGCAGUUUGUAAUAAAUGUGUUUGAGAGGAUUAAUGGUCAAUGGCAUAUAUGCAUUCACCAGGUUUCUUAAGCAUAGUUCCUUACUAGUAUGUUUGUUGUCUUAGUCAACUUAUUAUGUGUGUAUACAUAUGGACUUGAAAACAUUUUCGAUAAUCAUUUAGAACACAUUGUUCUUCAUUUGAAUUUUUCGUUUUGAUAGAAUCUGGUUUUUGCUGGAACAUUGUUCAAAAUAUAGAUAAUAUGAAUUCUAAGCAGAGACUUGUUGGAACAGA